UGCAGACAAUGAAGCUCAGCCAAAAAGAAAGAUUCGUUUAUCAGCAAAGGCCAGGGAUUUGCUGCAUCCUGCUUAUUGGGAUGAGGAGGAGGAAAAUGUUGAGAACAAUUUUAGAUUGUCUGCAGCACCACCUUUUCCAGCAUACAAGCGGAAAAAAACAGUACAAAAUUUGGGUAAUCAAAAGUCAAUCGACACCCACACUGUGAGAGAAAUUUAUAAAAAACUAUUGUUUUCUCCUGAAAUCAGUUUUUCUGAUACUCAUGAAAACUCAGCUGACAAACAGUUGACUCCCCAAAUUGCAAGUGAGUACAACAAUGAAUCUCCAGAAAUUGUUUCUGACCAAAUAGAAUUUACUACUUCUAGAUCCCCUAUGUUUGGAGAUAUGUCUCCUUCAGGCAGGACUAAAGAGCAAAGUUCUAUAGACAGGGGUAUUGGACUUACUUCAACACCAAUGAGGAAAAGGAGCAGCCCCAGUAAAAAAGCAUCCAGUUCUUCUAGAUCGCCUGUGUUUGGGGGUAGGUCUCCUGUUAUGUGUAAAGGACUAAGUCCUGCUGCCAAGGGUAUAGGGCUUACUUUUCCACCAAAGGAGGCUAGGAACAGUCCAUGUGUAAGAGUUGAAGCUGAUGCUGAAUUUGAUAUGUGGUGCAAUGGAACAUUGGGUAGUUCAAAUAGGCACAGAAAAAAAGCCAGCGAUAUGUCUCAAACAGAGAUUAAUCAGCACAUGCUGAAUUUUACAUAUGUAGUCAUGGAUGCUCUUGAUAUAAAGAGUGUUCUACCAGAAUAGAAAACGACCUCUUAAAACAAACAUAGAUUUUGCAGGCAAUGAUAAGGUUGUGGAUGAUCCAGUAUUAGGACGCUUGCCUUUGACCACAAAAGAGCAAUAUUUUGAUUUGGAGGAAAAAUUGAAAAACGACUCCUUUGUCAAAAGUUGGAAAAUGUCCCUUUUGGAACAUACAAAGGCACUCUCGUUGACAACAUUUGCAACAACGACAGCAGCUAAAAUGAUGAUGAAAGAAAUUUUUUCCCAAGAUAUGUUAAAAAAAAUUUGUUAUGCUGGUAAUAAAACAUCUGGAGAGAAGAAGGUGGCAGUCAAGAAUGGGAGUGUGUAUUUCACACUGAUAGGCAACUGUGUUAAAACAUCUGGGCCACAAAGACGUUGUGAAGAUUGAAAAAGGCCUAAAAGAUGCCAUGUUCAAAGCUAACAACAAUGUUACAAAAGAGAUGAGAAAAACAAAAUUUGAAUAACAUUUAUAGAUUUGAAAUUAAAUUUGAAUUGCUCUUA